CUUCCAAAGCUGGCUUGUUUCGAAGUUGCAGAGGAGAAAAAGAGGCUUUUUUGGGUGAAAUCUCGUUGAUUUUCUGCCAUUCUUGUGUUUUCCGGCGCCACUUUUGCCAGAAUUACUAUAUCGAAAAUGUUAAAUUCUAUAAUUUUCAGAAAUCAUGGCUUCUCGUGGUGGUUUCCAUGAUCAUUUGAAGCUCUUUGAUCUUCAACCCUAAGAAUAAGGUUUAUUUCACAAUUCAAUUGUAACCAACAUUCUUUGGUUGUUGGGAUGGAAACUGAUGCUGUUUGUACUUAUGAGAAUGGUGUAAUUGAGGAUCUUUCAUCUGCUGAUGGGUUAAAGAGUGCCUUAAACAAAGAAAAUGAAAUAGUAGAUAACGGUACAAAGACUGUGGCCAUAUUAGAUGGCACUGUACAAGAUAAGCCUCUUGUAGGUGAUCCAGCAAAUGACCCUUCUGCUAUAGAGAAUGGAGGUCUGGUGACUUCUUGUGAAAGUAAAGGCUCAAUUCCUUCGAAGAAACCUGAAGCCGAACAUGCUGCUCAUUCCAUCCAUAGUAAACCUCAAAAAGAUCGGAUUCAUCAGAAGAAUGGGAGCACUUAUUCAAGACCUGGUGGGAAGCCAAGCCUUUCUCAGAGUCUAUCAUUUAACUCGAAAGGAGUUUUGACAAGUGGCAUAAGGAAGGGGAUUGAGGGAAAGCCAAUGAAAAAUGAUGGGAAGAGUUCUCGUGUGGAGGGCCCAGAUAAUGCUUCAUCCCUUUCCAAUGGCUCCCUUGCUUCAACGAUGCGAUCAAAUCACACUGUGCCUCAGCCUUUUGCCCUUGCAACUAACAGGAGAGCUUCUGCUGGUGUGCAUGCAUCAGAAGGGAAUACAAGUGGUGUCUCAAACAGGCGGGCCACCCUAACAUCUGCUCCUGUUGCUAGGCGUUCACAGUCUGGCAAGGCUAUCUCAACUGGUUCCACUACUAGCACCCAGCAAUCUGAAGUCAUCAAGACACAAGAUCAAAAUCUGAAGUCUCUGAAACAUGGGGUGAGUGGCAAAGAUGAAGAAGAUGCCCUCUCCACGACAUCGAGCCAUACUCCUAGGGGGUUAUUGUCUCGCAGAAGCAGCAGUGCUGGUUUUUCAUUCAGGUGUGACGAGCGUGCUGAAAAGCGAAAGGAGUUCUUCACAAAGCUAGAGGAGAAGAUCCAAGCAAAGGAGGUGGAGAAGACCAACUUGCAGGCUCAAUCAAAGGAGAGUCAGGAGGCAGAGAUCAAACAGUUGAGGAAGAGCUUGACGUUUAAAGCUACGCCUAUGCCAAGUUUUUAUCAGGAACCUGCACCUCCAAAGGUUGACUUAAAAAAGAUACCAACAACACGCCCACGUUCCCCUAAACUCGGACGCCACAAGAGCUCUAUAGCACCAUUAGCAUUGGCAGCAGCAACAGACACCACACCAAACAACACCAAGUCUUGCAAGGGCUCACGCCAGGGCUCCAUGGACCAAGCUAACCCAAACCCACCCUCACAAAACACGGAAAACACUUCGAAAAAGCCAGUUCGAAGGUCCCUCACCAAAGCUCCUUCACAAAAGUCUUCAAAUCCAAAGACUAAGGAAGUGAGUAAAGAUCCUGCAAAGCCCAACAUACCAGAGCCCCCUCAAACUCAAAUUGAAGAAAAUGGAAGUAAGAUGAAGGAUAAUUCGAAAGAAAAUAAGGUUAAAGAAGAGGAUAAUUUGACAUCCAUCGACGGAGGUUUGAGUGCUGAAGAUGAAGAUGAAGGGAUGCUGAAUUUGCCUGACCCAGCGCCAGAAACUGCCAUUGCAGAUGAAGCUGCAACUGUGAAGAGUUGAAGGGUAGUUUGCUUUGGUUUGGUUUAGUGUUGCUGCGCUUUUGUAUUUGCAUGCUAAAUGUGUGAAGGUACAAGUGUUUGUGAAUAGUGCUUGUGUGUGUGGGUGUGUGUUGAAAUUUGUUUUUUGAACUUUAUUUCUUUGCUGCAAUUUGGCAGAUUUGUUUGUUGGAAACGAGGAAUAUCGGUGCUGGAGUUUGCAUGUGCACUAGUAAAUAUAUAAGCUUAUAGUUAAUUCUGUGUACAAGCAGAAUUUUUGCACUCUCUGUAUGUAUAUAUAUCUCUCUCUCUGGAUUGAGAAAUUCGUGAAUCUA